GGACAUGCUUCCCCUAUUAGCCAAAAUUCCCAUGUGGGCAAUUAUCUGCAAAUUACUCCCCCAAAAAAAAAGCAUGAUGAUUUUUUUUCAAUAAUAAUGCAUAUUGAACGAUUAUUGGUAUAAAUUGGAUUUUGAGAGUAAUGAGAGAAAAACUCUAAGAUUUGAUUGAAAGAUGACUUAUACGUGUUUUGAUUGGAAGGUGCGUAGUUACUCUGCUUCAAUUGCAGCAGCUUAUUGUUUUGAUUCUUGCAGCCACAAGAAGCUCACACAUCUCACCAUUUUCUCUUCUUCUUCUUCUUCUUCUUCUUCUUCUUCUUCUUCUAGUAGUAGUAGUAGUAACAACAUAAAUAAUUCAUUUGAUAGUUCAACUUCAAGGCAAAGUUUGAGGGAAAGAUCUUUCGUAGAUGGCAAAAUUCAUCAAGGAAAAAGCUCAGUUGCUCAUGUUUCGAUCAUUGUUGCGAAGCAGAAACCUUUCUGGAGAAAACUGCGAUUUGGGUCCAAGAAAUUCAGGAGCAUAAUCUUGCUUCAUGUCAUCUGCUUCGUCUAUGCGAGUAACAUUGCUGUGAUUAAAGAGGUUGAAGGCUUCACUGAUCCAGCUUACUUCUCUGCUGUCCGCUUUGCUGUCUCUUCCAUUCCGUUCCUGCCUUUCGUCUUCAAGGCACGGAAUGACGCCCAGGUUCGAAGCUACGGCUUGGAGUUGGGCUUCUGGGUUAGCCUAGGCUACCUAAGCGAAGCGCUUGGCCUCGUCACGUCUGAUGCUGGUCGCGCUUCGUUUAUCUCCUUGUUUACAGUUAUUGUGAUCCCACUUCUUGAAAGUAUGUUAGGAGAGAUCGUACCUGCACGAACAUGGUUUGGGAUUCUCAUGUCUGUAGUUGGAAUCUCUAUGCUCGAAUGCAGUGGAUCACCUCCUAAUAUUGGCGAUCUGUUCAACUUUCUCAGCGCCAUAUUCUUCGGCAUUCACACGCUCCGAACAGAGCAAAUAUCGAGGACAACUGGAAACGAGAAGAUAGCGGCGCUUCUUGGAUACGAGGUGUCUGUGGUGGCUGCUCUCUCGACGGUUUGGUGUUUGGUGGGAUCCAAAGAUGGGAUAUCUUUGUCGUCCGAUUGGAUGUUUGCAUUUCCGUGGAUUCCGGCUCUCUACACCGGUGUCUUCUCCACCGGCUUGUGCUUGUGGGGAGAGAUUGCUGCGUUGCGCGACGUCUCAGCGACGGAAACAGCUGUGAUUUAUGGUCUGGAGCCGCUGUGGGGAGCUGGCUUUGCGUGGUUCAUGCUAGGUGAAAGGUGGGGUGUUGCUGGAUGGAUCGGCGCUGCUCUCAUUUUGGGUGGAAGUGUAACCGUGCAGAUAUUUGGAAGUUCGGGCGGCGAGAGUGUGAAGGAGAAGAAUAAGAUGAAGACGAAGAAGACGACGUUGUCUGCUUCACCGGUGAUGGUCAGAUCUUCGUCACUAGAUAAUGUGAUGGAUGUAUAUAAGAAGAAAUAACAUCAAAUGCUAGUUUUGGUACAUAUAUAUAUUUUUUCACUUUAUAGGAUCUCAAGCUGUUGCAUGUAUAUAGUUAGAAAUAAAAAAUAUACGACAAUGAGAUUAUGCCUGAGUUGUGAAAUUAUAGUCCAUAUAUUUUGAUAUUGGAAUAUUAGAUGUAGUUCUUGACA